GGUUUUCAAAUUCUGACUUUUAUCUAGACACUUGAACCAUAUGAUAGAAGAAGAACGUUUCUGCAGGAUCAGUGUAUAUUAAAAAUUUUGGUUCAAAUAACUUUUAUAUAAUUUUCUAUUUGAUAAAAUCAAGAGCGAAAGGAUAUGGAGCAACAAGUAAUUAAGGAAGAAAUCGAAAUUCACAAUGAUUUUAUUUGUAAUAUGAAUAUUAAAAAAGAAUUAAGUGAAGAAAUGCCUAUUGCUGCUUUUCAAAAUGUAGAUGAAAUUAGUAUGCAUCCUGUUAAACAAGAAAUAAGUGACGAUCUAAACACAGUUCUGGUAUUUGAAGAAUCUAUGAUUGCCGCAAAAACAGGAGAAUGUACUAAUUUGUACGAUAAACCUAACAUUCCAAACAAAUUAGAACAUUUUAGAAUAAAACCAGAUGGAAAACAUCUGGUUCGGAAUAUGAUUGGUGGGAUUAUAAUCUGUGAGUUGUGUGGAUUAUUAUAUACGAAACAAAUCGAAUUCCUUUGGCACUUUUCCACAAGACAUUGUAUUAAACAGAAAUUUUACCAGAGAAAUAGAUGUAAAAAAAGGGAAACAACGGACCCUCCUGUUAACGAAAUUGAGAAAAAUGAUAUAGUUCAGCUUUAUUUCAAAGAGGAAGAAGAUAAUUUUAAGUUGAGUUUAAAUGAAUGCCAGACAUUGGAAAAAAGUGAUGGAGAUUUGUCUGGAAAAAAGCCAUUCAAAUGUGACAUUUGUCUGAAAAAUUUUUCACAAAAAUAUAGUUUGAAACGACAUUUGAUUAGUCAUUCGGAAGAAAAGCCUUUUAAAUGUAAUGUUUGUAUGAAAACUUUUUCACAAAAAUAUCAUUUCAAUAUACAUUUGCAAAGCCACUUAGGAGAAAAGCCAUUCAAAUGUGACAUUUGUCCAAAAACUUUUUCACAGAAUAGUUCUUUGAAUAUACAUGUAUGUGGUCAUACUGGAGAAAAACCAUUCAAAUGUCACAUUUGCUCAAAAACCUUUACACAGAAAUACAGUUUGAAAAGACAUUUGUUUCUCCAUACAGGAGAAAAGCCAUUCAAAUGUGAUGUAUGCUUGAAAACAUUUUCAGAAAAAUUUCAUUUCAAUCUUCAUUUGCACAAUCACACUGAAGAAAUGCCAUACAAAUGUGAAAGUGCUUUGGGGACCCAUUUGCACAGUCAUACAAGAGAAAAACCAUUCAAAUGUGACAUUUGUUUAAAAACUUUCUCAUAUAAAUUUAGUAUGAAAAGACACUUGUUGAGUCAUUCAGAAGAAAAGCCAUUUAAGUGUAACAUUUGUAUGAAAACUUUUUCACAAAAAUUCCAUUUUAAUAUACAUUUGCGCAGACACUUAGAAGAAAGGCCAUUCAAAUGUAACAUUUGUUCAAAAACUUUUUCACAGAAAAGUUGUUUGAAUGUACAUGUAUGUGGUUAUACAGGAGAAAAGCCAUACAAAUGUGAAAGUGCUUUGAAGACACAUCUGCACCGUCACACAAGAGAAAAGCCAUUCAAAUGUGAUAUUUGUUUUAAAACUUUUUCUCAGAAAAGUAAUUUGAAUACACAUUUGCUUAGUCAUACGGGAGAAAAGCCAUUCAAGUGCGAAAUUUGUUUAAAAGCUUUUUCACAGAAGUAUAAGAUGAAAAUACAUUUGCGUAUACAUACAGGGGAAAAUAAAUUUAAAUGUGAGAUUUGUUUGAAAACUUUUUCACAUAAAAUUAGUUUAAAUUCACAUAUGCGUAAUCACACGGGUGAAAAACCAUACAAAUGUGACAUUUGUUCGAAAACCUUUUCACAGAAAUACAGUAUGAAAAGACACUUGUUGCUUCAUACAGGAGAAAAGCCAUUCAAAUGUGAUGUUUGCUCAAAAUCUUUUUCAGAAAAAUAUCAUUUCACUCUACAUUAUCGUAAUCAUACUAGAGAAAAACCAUAUAAAUUUGAAAGUGCUUUGACCCAUUUGCUUAAUUACAAAAGAGAAAAUCCAUUUAAAUGUGAUAUUUGUUCGAAAACUUUUUCACAUAAAUAUAGUUUGAAAAGACAUUUGUUUCUUCAUACAGGAGAAAAGCCAUUCAAAUGUGAUGUUUGCUUGAAAACAUUUUCAGAAAAAUAUCAUUUUACUUUACAUUAUCGUAAUCAUACUAGAGAAAAGCCAUACAAAUGUGAAAGUGCUUUGGGGACCCAUUUGCACAGUCAUGCAAGAGAAAAGCCAUUCAAAUGUGACAUUUGUUUGAAAACUUUUUCACAUAAAUAUAGUAUGAAAAUACAUUUGUUGAGUCACUCAGAUGAAAAGCCAUUUAAGUGUAACCUUUGUAUGAAAACUUUUUCACAAAAAUUUCAUUUCAAUAUACAUUUGCGUAGCCACUUAGGCGAAAGGCCAUUCAAAUGUGAAAUUUGUUCAAAAACUUUUUCACAGAAAAGUUGUUUAAAUGUACAUUUACGUAGUCAUACAGGAGAUAAGCCUUUUAAAUGUGACAUUUGCUUGAAAGCUUUUCCACAGAAAAUCCAAUUGAAGACACAUUUGCAUAGUCACACAGGAGAAAAACCAUUCAAAUGCGACAUUUGUUUAAAAACUUUUUCACUGAGAUUUAAUUUAAAUACCCAUUUACGUAGUCACAAAGGUGGAAAACCUUACAAGAUGGCAAUUAUUUGAAACUUUCCGGUCCUGUUCGUUUAUGUUAAUCGAUGCUAAAGUUUGGCAAAUGCGCCUACUGUUUUAACCUACUUUUAAUGUGGCGACUAAUCUCUGCAUUUUUUUGUUAGCUGUUAACUUUAUUUUUUUAUAAAGGCAGUUUGAUUUGUUUCCAACAAAUUAGAGAUUUCCAGGGAUUCGAACAUUCUAGAAAUCGAGAGAGUGUAUAUAAAUGAAUCUUUAGCACCCGUAAUAGUCAGUAAAAAUUUUAUGUCUCUGUGAACACAUCGGCAUAAUUAAAAGUAAUCCAAACGGUGAAUUUGGAUAAAUUAGUUUGUUAAGUAUUAGUGAAUAGUUGAGUGUAUUUGUUGUUAUUUUAUAAAUAAAUAAUUCAGUAAGAUUUA